AUGGCUGCGUCUGACCCUGCGUUCACGCCCAUCCUCCUCACCCUCCCCUCCCUCACCCCGUCGCUCGCCCUCGAGGUCCUCCCGGCCGGGCUCACCUUCCAUCGCCUGUUCGUACAAGCAGAUGGCAAGACGCACGACAUCCUCAUAGGCCCCGAGGACCCCACCGGCCAUCAGACCCAGAAGUACACAAACACCAUCAUCGGCCGCUACUCGAACCGUCUCCCCGUCGGCACCUUCGAGCUCGAGCGCAACGGGUUCAAGUCCACCGUCACCCCGCAGGCGAACGAGAAACCGACGGUCUCUCUCCACGGCGGCGUCAAGGGCUUCGACCAGUACCCAUGGGAGCCCCUCGUCGACCCCUCGGCUUCGGAGCUAUUCACCCCCGCCGAGCUCGCGACGCUCCAGACUCGCGCGCCGUCGUCGAUGAUCUUCAAGCGGAUCUCCGAGGACGGCGAGGAGGGCUUCCCAGGCACGCUCCUUUGCGAGACGCUUGUCGCGCUCGCGCAGCCUGAAGGCGCCCCGGCGCAGACCGCGGACGGCACGAAGGAGUGGAAUCUGGGGAGCGUCAUCGUCGUGUAUCGAGCGAAGCUGCUGGACGACGGGAAGGUCACUCCAGUCAACUUGACUCAGCACUGGGGCUUCAACCUCGACGCGUCCCUUCAAGAAGGCCCGGAGACGAUGAGCGUGAAGGACCACACGAUCUCUAUCAAGGCCGAUCACACCGUUGAGAUCGACAAGCACUCCUUACUGUCGACGGGCAAUCUCCUCGCGGCGACGGGCACGCACCACGCGCACGCAGAGAAGUCGACCGGGCGCAUCGGCGAGGCGUUCCCCGAGAACGGCUACGACGAAUUCUACGUCUUCGCGCAGCGCGCUGCGCCCCCUCCGCCGAGCGUCGUACCUGUGUCGGAGAUCACGCCUGAGGUCGAUCUCGUGGGUGCGGCGAUGGCGCGGGACGGCCCGGCGGCCGCGGAGGUCGUCUCGCUCACAGGCGGCAAGAGCGGGCUCCGGAUCAGCUUCGCGACGAACCAGCCCGGCGUGCAGUUCUACUCGAACAACUUCUCGGAUCCUGAGAAGACUGCGCGGAAGAAGAUCCACGGCGGCUCCGGUUCCGUUGGGAUGGGUACACCCCCGGAUGUGCCGGCUGCUUUCCUGGAGUUCCAUGCGCCUCUCGCGGCGUGGAUGAACCCCGCGACACGCGGCCCCACGGGCGAAGGCGAAGACACGCUGCUCGCGUCUGGGGAGCUCUACAACAACUUCACGCGCAUGGACGUCUGGUACAAGGCUCCCGCGUGA